GACAACACACGCGCACCAGCGAGUACACUCACUCGGGUCUCGAGCUCGCGUGUCGCCUCACGGGCACCGGCGCGCCGCCCUCGACGGCCUCAGCCUCACGGGCACCGACUCACCGUCCCCAGCCCGAUGGAUCCCGCCGCGGCCGACCUGCAGUGCGUCAUCCAGGCGCUCCCGGCGCACUCCAAGGCCGUCCAGCCGCCGCCACUGGUCCAGGCGCUCCCCGCCCACCACUCCCCGGCCAAAACCCACCCGCCGCCCGCCCCCGCCUCCUCUCCCGCCGGCCCCAAGCGCCGCCCCCCGCCCACCCCGCCGGGACCGGCGCCCCCGAGCCCGCGCCGCACCCGCUCGGGCGGCGCGCCGGAGUGGACGCCCGCCGAGACGCUCGCGCUCGUCGCCGAGGUGGCCGCCGUGGACGACGGCUGGUCCCGCUCCGUCUCCGCGUUCCAGAAGUGGGCCAUGGUCGCCGAGAAUCUCGCAGCCUCCGAGGCCCUCGCCUCCUCGGGAACCGCGAGGCGGCGGGGGAGCAAGAGGGCGGCGGCGGAGUGCCGCCGGCGGUGGGAGGCGCUGGCGGCGGAGUAUGGGGCCGUGCGGCGGUGGGAGGUGCGCACGGGCGGGAGGUACUGGGAGAUGGGCGCCGCGGCGCGGAGGAAGGCCGGGCUGCCGGUGGAGUUUGAUCUGGAGUUGUAUGGGGCCAUGGACGCGCUCAUUCGGGUCGAGGAGGCGCUGCUCGCGGGCGCGGCUGGCGGUGGCGGGGGAGGGGAAGAGGUGGAGGGAUUGGUUGGCAGCGGUGCCGGCGUUGAGGUGGGUGAGCAUGACGGCGGUGACGACCAUGAGGUUGGAGAAGACGAGGUGCAGGAGGAUGAAACGGUGGAGGAGGUGAAAGAGGAGGGAGAGGCGGAAGAGGAGGGGGAGGAGGAAGAAGAAGAAGAUGAUGAUGACGACGACGAAAGUGAGGAACAUGAGGAAAUGCAGGUGGAUGAUGGCAAUGCCGAUGCUUCAAAUGACUUGGAAGGCCAUGAGGUGGGAACAAACAGCAAACCCGAGAAAAGCCAAAACAAUGCAUGGGACCUGGCCAACAAGUUACAAGAGAACGCGCAGCAUAUUCACACCAUACUGAAUGACGAGACUGAUGAAGAUGCUGGCCAAAACCAUGCUCUUGCUGGUUUAGUUUCACCUGAUGCCAUGGCGACCACCCGCCAAAAGGCUGAUGAGCUCAUCAAAUCGCUCGGCGGGCUUGUCAGCUACCUGAACCAGUUCACUGAGCUGGUCAAGGAAAGCGGGUUCGAGAACAUCGUCGGAAUGACCUGAUGCAUGGGAUGCAGGUUUCCUUUGGAGGAUUAGAUCACGUAGCUUAAGAUUUCAGCACUGUAGUUUCUGUGUCCAUCUUUGUGAAUAUUGGGGCACUGUAUGACCUUGUAACCCAGGGGAUUUGUAGCGGAGAUUGUUAGGUGCAUUGGCAUCGCUCAGGGCCAUUGGUUAGAUCAGAUGCUCACGUCUGUUGUCUGAGGGUUAUCUUCCCCCUCCGGCCCCCAAUCCCAGAUGGUGAGAGAUCAGUCGCCUUGCAUUUGGAAGUAAAUAGUAGCUGUGUAUUAGUCCCAUGAUGUUGCCAGAUCCAUCGCGUUAGCGAUGAAGUGUUGCUUGUGAUAAUGUUAUCAGGCUUCAUCUGAAUAUCA